UAACUACUGAAUCUGAUCUAGUAGAAGACCAAAUUCACGGUGGCUCGAUUUCCGUGGUCGAUCUUCAAACGGUAAUAGAAGACAUGGAUUCCGUCACGAAAAAGGUUAUGGCGUUUAAAGAUGAAAGUGGAUCCAGAGAUGAUAUGCAGCCCACAUACCCGAUGCCUACAGCUACUACCACUGCUUCAUCAAGUACAACUCUUAUUACCACCGACAAGAAUACCAUGGUCGGAUUUGACGAACAGUUGACUCGACUUUUGGACAAGCUCACGGGGCAACGAUCUAACCGUCAAAUCAUUCCAAUCGUAGGCAUGGGCGGCAUUGGUAAGACUACUCUCGCCCAAAAUGCUUAUGAGCAUUCACUUAUUCUCCACCAUUUUGAUAUUCGUACCUGGGUCACAGUAUCUCAAAAGUAUAAUGUCAAACAACUUCUUUUACAACUUCUCUCAAGGCAAAGUUGUGAAACUGAUGAGCAUUUAUUAGGGCAAGAGUUACACAAAAUGCUAUGGGGUCGGAGAUAUUUGAUUGUAAUUGAUGAUAUUUGGAGUAUUGAAGCUUGGGACAAGGUAAGUGGUUUCUUUCCAGACAACAAUAAUGGAAGUCGAAUUGUUGUGACUACGAGGAUAUCGAAUGUGGCUACUCAUUUCGACUCUUCGUUGUUUGAGUUGAGUUUUCUAGAUGAGGAUCAAAGUUGGAAACUAUUAUGCAAGAAGGCAUUUGGCCAUGCCGAUUGCCCUUCUAAGCUAGUGGAUAUUGGAAAGGAGAUUGUUCAAAAAUGCAAAGGACUUCCCCUUGCGAUUUGUGUGAUUGGUGGGCUUCUUGGAAGGUCCCAUAUGACGCAAAAAUACUGGAAAAAUAUUUCAAAAGACUUAAUCUCAAUUUUGAACUCCAGAGAGGACGGGAAUUGCUCGAGUAUAUUAUCUUUGAGUUACACAUACUUGCCUGCUCAUCUUAAACCGUGUUUUCUCUACAUGGGAAUUUUUCCAGAAGAUGAUGAGAUUCGUGUCUCCCAACUGAUCAAACUUUGGGUAGCUGAAGGAUUUAUUAAAUCGAACGAAUCCCAAAGCUUGGAAGAGAUUGCACGAGGUUACUUAAAUAAUCUCAUUGACAGGAAUCUCAUUUUGAAGCAAUUGGGAUCCAAUGGAAGAAUUAAAUUUUGUAGGAUUCAUGAUCUUUUGCGAGACUUAAGUCUAAAGGUAGCUCAGAAAGACGAGUUUAUCUGUGUGAUGGAAGACAUUCAACAAGGAGUAGAAAGGGGGCGUCGUAUUGUAUGUAAUGAAAAAAAUCUACAAGCAAAGUAUCGAUCUCAAGUCCUUCAUACUUUGCAAUUACCAUCACUUACUAGAACUUUGGUAACCCACAUGGAUGGCCGAUUUUCCAACAAUAGAUUGAUGAGAGUAAUGUCGUUCAACUGUGGAGCCAAGAAAAAAUAUUUACGCCGGCAUAUUGUUGAUCAAGUUAACAUGCGUUAUCUUGCUUAUAACAAGCGCACACGAUUCCUUGUUGUCAAGCUUCCUUCGUCAAUAAACGUUCUUUGGAAUUUGCAAACAAUAAUCAUUAGAAAGAAUAAGAUUAAAGCACCAUCUGAAAUAUGGGAGAUGCGACAACUUAGGCAUGUGGAUAUAUAUGAGCUACACCUUCCCGAUCCUCCUCAGAGUGGUGACCAACAACAACAUGAGUUUGUUCUGCAAAAUCUGCAAACACUUAAGAAUGUAGUAAACUUUGUGUGGAGCGAGGAGGCUUGUAAGAGAGUCGUCAACGUCAGGAAAUUGCAGAUAGAGUAUGAUAGUCACUCGAAAAACUCAAAAGAUUAUUUGCUCUACAAUAUUUGCCACUUGCAUAAACUUGAAUCACUUACGUGCUUGCCGUAUAGUGUACAUAACUUGUUGCAGAAGCUCACAUUCCCAAGUUCGCUCAAGAAGUUGUAUUUAGUAGGUACCAAGGUUCAUUGGAAAGAUUUAACAAUAAUUGGUUCUUUACCAAAUCUUGAAGUUUUGAACCUCGAUGAUGUUUCGGCCGUAGAACCUGUGUGGAAUCCUGUUGAGGGGGAAUUCCUUCGCCUGAAAUAUCUGUUUAUAAGUUACAUCGAUUUGGUUCAAUGGAAUGCAGACAGCUCACAUUUUCCGGUUCUGGAGAAACUUUUCCUCACACAAAUGUACAAAUUGGAGGAAGUCCCUCUAGAUAUUGGAGAAAUACCAACACUUGGAUUUCUUCAAUUGCUUGAGUGCAGUGAGUCUGCCGCCAUUUCUGCUAUGAGAAUAGCAGAGGAACAAGAGAAUAACGGUAACGAAGAACUUCAAGUUCGAGUUGUGUUCGAUAGUAAGGAAAAAUUCGAGAGUUUUCAGGAAAAGAUGAAACAAUCAGCAGAUGAUCACAUCAACUUCACAAGAAAUAAUUUUCAAGCUAUGAUGUUCUAGGACUUCUAGCAGCCUGGUUGUACAACGUAUUAUUACUACUCGUUU